AUGGAUUCCUCUUCUUCAUCUUCUUCAUUUUGUGUUCCACCGGAGUUAGACGAUUCGUCUACGGGGAGUAUUUUUCAGUUUUUUAAUAAAGUGUACGCCGAGCUUGAAGAUACCGGCACCUCUUCCGACACUCGGAGGUAUAUCGAUCGAGACCGAGAAGAAGCUCACGCGAUACUAAUGCGUGACUACUUCGUUGAAGACUCAAAGUUUGACGAACCAUUUCUUCGUCAUCGUUUUCGCAUGAGCAAGAGGUUGUUUUUGAAGAUUGUUGGUGAUAUUGAAGCAAACUUUAGUUACUUUCAAGAGGGGUACAACGCACGGGGUAAAAAAAGUUGCACCGUUCUUCAAAAGUGUAUAUCGGCGAUCAAGCAACUGUCUACGGAUGAACCUUCAGACGCAUAUGACGAGUAUUUAUGUAUGGCUGCAAAAACAGGACGCGAGAGCAUGGAGUACUUUUGUUAUGCGGUCGUCAAUUUAUAUCAAAAGGAGUUCUUACGUAGGCCGACAUCUCAUGACGUUGCUCUCAUCACACAAGCUCAUGAAGAAAGACACCACAUUCCAGGAAUGCUUGGUAGUCUUGAUUGUACACACAUCGAAUGGAGGAUGUGCCCUAGACACUUAAAAGGGCAAUACACGAGGGAUGAUCACAAGGUACCUACUAUUAUGAUUGAAUGUGUUGCUUCCUAUGACUUGUGGAUUUGGAAUUCGUUUUUCGGUCCUGCUGGAUCGAACAACGAUGUCAAUGUUUUGCAGCAGUCGCUGUUGUUUCAAAACGAGCGUAAUGGAUCCGCCCCAGACAGUUCAUUUAGCGUAAAUGGACAUGAUUACAAGCGCGGUUACUACCUUACCGAUGGAAUCUAUCCUAGUCACUCGGUAGCUUUUUGCAUUAUUCCAAAUGUUAAGAACAAUCUUGAUUUUGAAAACAAUAAUACUAAUAACGGAUAUCCGAUUACCUGUGGGUUUUCCUGUUACCCGACGACGAGCAUGGUAUCCGUGCAAUGUGGCGACGAUGACAGUGACAGUGAUGUGGUGGUAUCGACAGAUGGUGAUGGUUGCGGCGACCGUUUGUGGCAGCCGAUGCGUCAAGUGGUGUAG